AUGCCCGACAUCGAUCCCGCGGCUUUGAGCCGCCCAGUCAUCAAUGUCUCGACCCCUCUCUUAUCAACUAAAUCAAUAUCCAGCCUCGGAGGCACGAUUAAGGCCAAGUCGAGUCAAAUUCCGGGGCGAAUCGACCUUGAACCCCUCUAUACAGAACUGAAAGCAGCGAUCGGGCCGGAGCAAUGGCAAAUAUACAAAGAAGCGACAACAGAAUUCUUCAUCGGUAGUCUUAACCAGAACGAAUAUUCGGAACGAAUCGAACCGAUUCUCGCCGGGCCCAAUGGGGAGAAGGAGCAUCUACAUAACCAACUCAUCGCCGCCAUAUAUGGCAAUGUCACAAGGGAGAUCCCCGAUCAAGGGCUAGCACCUUGGGUCAGCUCUAAUGACAAACCGACUGCCAGCGCCAGUAAGGCGGCUACCGGCGAUGCGACAGAGCGUCGGUUAAAGGGCGAUGUGAUGCAGUUACCCGCCCGAGAUAGACGGCGCAUCAAGGACUUGACACACAACGAUUUUGAUAUCAACGAAAACCUCUCGAGCGUCUUUACGGAAUCCCGGCGCAAGACGACCCAAGAUGCAUCCUCCAGUGCUGGUGGUGGUAUCAACAAUAUGAACAUCGACUUGGAGAUUCGAAAACGAUUUGCGCAACCGCUGGCCAUCGAGUCUGGCGAGUUCCCCGACGUUGGCCUUAUCACGGGUCGCAUGCUUCCAUUCUGCUACGAGGCGGGUCUUCCGAGCGGCCACGUUGCAGAGGCGCCUCAACUAAUGUCAAUCGCUACUGAUGCAUUUAUCAAAGAGAUGCUCACCCAGGUGUUUGCUCGUACACGAAGCAACGGGGCCGGAGACUCGGGAAGCGCCGGCUACGGAAUAGGCACGCAAUGGAUACAAACACACAAAUACAAACGCCAAUUGCAUCUUGAAGAGGACGCUGCUGUUCGUGGAGAGAUUUCGCGCGACAAAGCUGGUCUUUUGCCCGUGGAAGCGCGUGCCGCAGGGGAACAAGGCCCGUUGGCAAUGGCAGACGUGCGGGUCUCUUUGGAGAUUGCUGACUCGAGCAUGUCGCAAUUUCCCGUGCUCACGCGUCAAAUAUUGUGUGGAUAUCGCGAAGGUGAGCUGGAGAAUUGGAACGAUCAUACGUGGGCCGAGAACUACAAACCAGGCCCUGUAGAGGAGCUUACGAACGGUUACGACUUGAUUACUCUCCACAACGGCCUAGAUCCCAUGGAUAUCGACACAGAAAUGGGCUGGGAAGGCGCAGAAGAUAGUGACACGGACAUGUUGGAUUGCAUGCUCGACUCAUGUCUAGCCGUUGGGUCAUAG